AUGUCUUCAGAGAUCCAGAAGACAACUGCUGGUGCUGAAGUAGUAUCUCCAGUAGCAAGUUCAUUAUCGGGAUCUUCGCGGAACAAGGCGUUGCGACAUCGAAUUCGUGAGGUUGUUUGGGAUAGCUUGGAUCGUUCACCAGAAGAACGUCGUUUGAUAUUCAAACUUGAUAUUUUUAUCUUGACGUGGGCAGGCUUCACCUACUUCUCGAAGAACUUGAACUCAAACAAUCUCUCCAAUGCCUACGUCUCCGGAAUGAAAGAAGAUCUGAAUGUGGUGGCAAAUGAGUAUCAGACUUUCACUACCAUGUGGACAAUCGGAUAUGUUAUCAGUCAGAUUCCUUCACAGAUGAUUUGCACUCGCAUCCGAUCAUCUCUUUGGUGUCCAAGCUGGGAACUGAUUUGGGUCAUUGUAACCUUCGCCACUGCAGCUGUCAAAACUCCUCAUCAACUAUACAUUUGUCAGUUCUUUGUGGGCUUUGCUGAAGGAACAUUCUACCCUGCGGUUCACACGGUACUAGGAGGAUGGUACACUAAACGAGAACUUGGGAAGAGAGCUUCGAUAUUUUUUGCUUCAGCAUUUGUCGGGUCCAUGUUCAGCGGAUAUCUGCAAGCAGCAUUGUAUACAGGAAUGGAUGGUACUGGAGGGCUUGCUGGGUGGAGAUGGCUGUUCAUAUUUGACGGAGUUAUAACUUUCCCUAUGGCCAUGUGGGCGUAUUAUGCACUUCCUGACUUGCCAAGCAACACUCGUGUGAAAUGGCUAAAACCACAGGAGAUAGUACUAGCUCGACAACGAAGGGUAGAUGCUGGAAAAGGCAAAGAUGAGCCGAUGACUUGGCUUGGGAUAAAGCGAGUCCUAGGAAAGUGGCACUUCUGGGUCUAUACUGCGUACUAUACAUUCUUCAUCUGCAGUGAGAAUAUUGGAGGAUAUAUGAAUCUCUGGCUGAAAAGCUUGAAGAGAUAUUCAGCUCCACAGAUCAACACUUACCCCACCGUAAUCAACGCUAUCACGAUCGUCACCACCUUGUCAUAUGGCUGGACUUCAGACGCUCUGCAACUUCGCAGUCCGAUCGUCUACUUCUCUUUGACCGUCUGCUUCUUUGCAGCCAUGAACCUCGCAAUUUGGGAUGGUGUACCCUUCGGUCUGAAAUGGGCAUCGUACUACCUCACCGGCUUCGCUCAAGGAUCUGGACCCAUUUUCCUAACCAUGGUCAACGAAGCUUGUGCUACAGAUACCUUGGAAAGGAAGUUCAUUUUGGGGACUACGAACUCUGUUGCUUAUGCCUUCAACGCUUGGAUCCCUCUUAUAACAUACAACACGACUAAAGCUCCUCGGUUCUUGGUUGGUAAUUCGGUGACUGUCGGGUUGAUAGUUUGUGCUGCUUUGACGUUGACAUUGGCUGUCUACCUCCAGCUUCGAGAUGCGUAAGUCCGAUCUGUUCCUUUUCUGUCAUAGGCUUUGACGAAUGAAGUAGAGAGAAGGCCAGCGAGGCAGAAAGAAGCGACGUUGAAGUGAUGGUGGUCGAAGGAGGACGAUGGGCGAAGAAGCAAGACCUGGAUAUUUGAUGACCACAGCAUCUUGAAUAUGAAUUAUAAUCAUGUAGAUUCAUCAACACAAUGCUUGAGGGUGGGCGGUAUUUGGAGAGAUG